AUGGCUACCGUGCAUUUCCCAGGUGAGUGCUUCUCAGUGGUGGUGGGUUGAGGUGAGUUCCUCCUUCACUGUGAACCACUUUAAAGAUUGUGAGAUGACCCCUGUUGAAUUAACGCAAUCCGUUAUUAUACAAUGAACAAGGUGAGUAGUCGCACGUGCCUGUCUUUCUUUAUAUUGACAAAUGUACUUCAGCUGAGUGCACCUGAACUUGCUUAGAGUUUGGAAUUGAGGCCACCUUUGAAAGCCAGGUUUCUGCCAAAACUGGCGUUGCGUCUAUAGCUUCCAGAUCAAGUGCAACCGAUACAGCAGCUUUUAGGUCAUCAUUACGGGCCUUAGUGUUCUGGAUGAAUUCCUCAUCAGGCCAAUUCCUCCACUGGGUAUAGAAGUACUGGCCUCAGCUGAUAUGUGCAUGUGGUGAGUUUUCUGCCGAGAAAUGGCCAUCAGGUGGGUGUGAUUUUGGUAAUUUGAGGUACGUUACUUUCUCCUUCGUCACAGCAAAGCUUUUUGAGUACCAUGAAAGGCAAUGGAAGAUUCUAUAUUAAUCCAACAUUAUUUUUAUCUAGACUUGUAGUCGCAUUGCGUUUCUCGUGUGUUUUGUGGCGUUAUGCUCCCUCCUCUGUUCCGUCUCCUCAGGGCCUCACUGACUUUGGAUGGGACGGGGUUUGGUACAGCCCCAGAACUGCUCCACACUGAUUUAAGAAUGGCGGGUCCCAUGGCGGGUUUUGUGCAUAAAUGGAAUGUGAACAUUCACCGUCGCAUGUGUGGCAAUGCCUGGCCAAUGUGUGGUUACCGGCGGGUAUCGAGCCAAUUGCAACCCACUUACUGAAAAGUCUGUGCCAUGGAGCCCACUGCUUCUGGAAUGUUCUGUGACAGAAUGCUCAGUAUGGUCAAUUCCGAGGAUGUGAAUGCAAUCAUCCAAGCUCAGAGACACAUGCUGGACCGCUUUGAGAAGACGAACGAGAUGCUCCUGAACUUUAAUGGCCUCUCCAACGUGCGGCUCCAGCAGAUGAACGAGCGCUUCCUGCACCACACGCGCACACUGGUGGAGAUGAAGAAGGACCUGGACAGCGUCUUCAGGAGAAUCAGGACUCUGAAAAGCAAGAUUGCAAAGCAGUAUCCAGAUGCUUUCAGCAACGUCCACGAAUCUCCCGUCCUGGAGGACGAGGACGACGAGUUCGACCCCGUCCCGCCCAGCGCGGCCACCACGACCGCCACCUCGGAGCAGAGCACCGAGUCGUGCGACUCCAGCCCCGACGUCGUCUCCCCCGCCGCCAGCCGCUGCUCGGAGGAGCCCUCCCAGGAGCAGCCGGACACGCCCACCUCGGACGGCCCGUGUGGCGGGGCGGUGCUGCAGGAUGAGGGCCCCGACUAGGCCCCCGACUCGGGUUGUGUGGAGGGGCGGGACUUAACCUGCUGCUCUGUAUGACUGAUGCUCCGAUUGGCUGUUUUUUGUUUUUUUUUGCCUUUUUUUUGUUCUGCACUCUUUAAGCCAUUCAGCACUAACUGCCGCAAGAAGAAAAUACUUGAAUUUUCCUUGUAUGUUAAUUUAAUCCUUACAAAUGCAAUGCCAAAACUGCUAUUAGUGUUCUAUUUACAGUUGGCAGCUUUUUAAUACUUUUGUCUCAGUUGUAUUUUCCAUUUCUGGAGCUGGGGGAAAAAUAGGUAGCCCAUUGUACCUUUAUGGGAUUAUGUUUUUAAAGGGUAAAUCUGUUGGCGACCUACAUUUCUCCAUUUAAUUUUUCAUUCCCCAUGAGAGGUCAUGGUUGGUAUUUGUUUUUAUCUAGCAUUUUGAAUCUAUCCGUUUCCCAGAUGGCUGCAUCCUGUACAGCUUAGAGAGCAGAGUUUUUACACUAUGGUUCCUGCAGUUGGAUGUAUGUGGUAGCAAUUCUGGUGACAGUACUUUACUCUACAGAAUGACAACAGCGCCCCCUCUGGGCCUGAUAUGACACUGCCACUCAUAGGAAUCUGUUGCUUCAUUAUUGAUGCUCAACAGAAAAUUAUGGUACUCAUGUUUUGACCCCAAAGACACAAUGUGAACAGUUAGAUUUAUUUCUCUUUUUGAUCUGUUUUUUUUUAAAACAAGUUCAUGUAGCUUGUGUGUGAAAAAGUGUUUUAGAUGGAAGUGUUUGGUUCUAGAUUUACUUGUAAUUGUAAAUUUUAAACAGUGACUUGGGGAGAUUUAAAGAAAAUGACGUUUAUUCAGAUAUUGAGCUUCAGUACACGCUGAUGGCAGUAAUGGAGACAGGGAAGCCUCCCGUGGAUCACCAGCAAGUGGCACAGUGACCUCUGACCCCUGGCUGCUGAACUCCGCUGUGCCCUGAAUGAUGGGUAAUCCAGGUAACGUGAUGGAGUGCAGUUGCCUCUCCUCAGAUUUCUGUGCUACCGAAUACCCUAGAAAAGUGGUGGGGAAAUACAUUGUUGUAAUGGAGCUCUCUGCCUGUACAUGUACUUUAUGAACAGUAAAUAUGACCACGUGAUUAAUGCCUGUAUUAAACUAAUUUUACAAAUCCAGUAAAUUAUUAAAUAUGCUAAAACUAUUGACUAGCAUUGACAGAAUCAUUACAAAGCCAUGACUGAUUUUUGUUGAUCUUAAGGUUAAUGUUGUAACACAGUUUGUAGGUCACAGCUGAAGGGGGAGGGAGGGAGUGGCCAGUUUGGUUUUACGCUGGGGCCCAGGCCCCAUAAUCUCAUUCAGUGGCACUGGUUGCGCCAGCCAAUGAGAACCGCCCCCUCUGACGAGUUGGUUGAAUCUUCUGGCGAGGUUCGAGGGGAGAGUGGAAGUCUAAUAGUUGUUUUUCAGUGGGUGGAAGGAAAAGGAAAAUUUCCCCGCGGGCCUGUUGUCUUGCACACCUCGCCUCUGGUUUGGGGGGGGCUGACAGGAUCUCUUGGGAACGGCAGGUGAGGUCUGGACCUGCAAAGCACCUGCAAUUAGCCCGUGCCCGGGCUCCAGCACGCUGCUGAUUGGCUCCCUGGUGGAUUGGAGCCGGAGCUGAGGAGAGCUUCCAGCAGCGCCGCUCCUCACUGCAGCAGCUCCUCCCACGAUCACGCCUGUCUGCCCAAGGCCCGAUGCACUCUGGGACAGGAAGUGGGCUCCGCCGCUGCGCCGGUUCUGCACCGUACGUAAAAUGCAGUACGUGGGAUGUACUGUGUUUUAUUUCUCACGGUUGCUGUUUUGAUCAGGGUCUCCCUCAGCAAAGAGAAACUGUGCUGUAUCGAGGUCUUCCCCUUCAGAUGAGGCAUUUAAAAUAAAAUACAUUUUUUUUAAAACUGA